AUGAUUAAUGUCUCUCCAUAUUUGUUCCAUUGCCUGGUAAAAAAAAAAGACAGCCGAGAAACAAAAAAAAAAAAGUCAGUUUGCAAGCAAUCAAGUGUGCCUGUCUCCUUCUCUUUGAGAUUGUUUGUUGGCUAUCUAUCUAUCUCAGUCUGUUCAUUAUUUAUCUCACUUAUUCAUUAUCUGCCUAUCUAUGUCAGUCUGUUCAUUAUCUAUCUAUCUAUCUAUCUAUCUAUCUAUCUAUCUAUCUCAGUCUGUUCAUUAUCUAUCUCAGUGUAUUCAUUAUCUGUCUAUCUAUAUCAGUCUGUUCAUUAUCUAUCUUCGUCUGUUUGCGAUCUAUUUAUCUAUCUAUCUAUCUAUCUUAUCUGUUAUCUAUCUAUCUAUCUAUCUAUUCAUUAUCUGUCUAUCCAUCCAUUAUAUGUCUGUCUCAGUGUGUUUGUUAUCUAUCUACUUCAGUCUCUUUAUUAUCUGUCUAUCUAUCGCAUUCUGUUCAUUAUCUAUCUAUCUAUCUAUCUAUCUAUCUAUCUAUCUAUCUAUCUAUCUAUCUAUCUAUCUCUUUCAGUCUAUUUGUUCUUUAUCUAUUUCAGUCCGUCCAUUAUCUAUCUGCCUCAGUUUGCUCCUCUCUUUAUGCUUUGA